UCCGGCAGCCGCCACCUCCACCCGGUCCCGCCGUCGCCACCGCCAGCAAACCACAUCCUGGAUGCCGACCUGCCGCAAGGCUUUCGUGAUCUAAACAUAAGUUAUGCCGGGUCGACCGAUCCAUCUCGUCACAUGAGGAGUUUCGAGAAUAUGGCGGUUUUGCAUCGCUAUAAUGACCCUGUGCAAUGUCGAGCUUUCCUAACCACUUUGCGGGGAUCUGCACAGGAUUGGUUUCACCAACUACCAACGGGAGCCAUCAAGGAUUUUGAAGGAUUCAGUGCGAGCUUUCUCAAUCAAUUUGCAAGUGUUAGACUGCAGGAGAAAUCGUAUCUGACCUUAAUGGGCAUCCAGCAGAAGGAAGGUGAGUCGCUACGAGAUUAUGUGGCGAGAUAUACGCGAGCAUGCAUCGAGGUGCCCAGGGCGUCGGAGGAGAUAAAGGCAGGAGGUUUGACACGAGGGUUGCUACCGGGCUUGUGCAGGAAUUCUCUGGCAAAGCACCCGGGUAGAACGUUCGACGAAGUGCUGGGGAGAUGCGCAAAGUAUAUGAAUGUCGAUGAGGCGGAGAUCGAUUUCUCGCGAACAGCUAAAGAAAGUAAAGCUGACCCUCGGGAUGAGAAAAGGGAGAAGAGAAUUUCCUCGGCUGGGGAGAGAAAGGGGCCGACUCAAUACACCCCUUUGUCGGCCCCUCAAGCGCGAAUUCUGGAGGUGAUGGAAAGAGAAAUUCAUGACAAUGUUGUCAGAUGGCCCAAGACGAGAAAGGACGGACCAACGAGACCAAAGAGUAAUCUAUAUUGUCGAUUCCACAAAGACUAUGGUCACAAUACUGACGACUGCAGGCACCUUAAAGACGAAAUCGAAAGACUGAUUAAGGCAGGACACUUGAAGGAAUUCAUAUAUAAGGAUCGAGAAAAGUCGAACAGAAGGAGGGAAAGGAGCAGGAGCCCUCGCAAGAGGGCGAGAACGCCGGAGAGAGAGGAGCUCCCACAGAAAAGGGGAACCAUACAUAUGAUAUUUGGAGGAUCAACUGAUGGGGAUUCGAAUCGAGCAAGGAAGGCGUAUGCCCGAGGGCGCCAUGGGAAAGUUGAGGUACAACAAGUCGAUGAAAAUGGACCGGUAAUAAACUUUGGUCCAGCAGAUGCGGGAGAAGUUGAGAGGCCUCAGAACGACGCAUUGAUGAUAACGGCCCAAAUAUCGGGAUAUGAAGUGCAGAGAGUGUUUGUCGACACUGGGAGUUCUGUAAAUAAUGCCGCCGCCCUUGGAAUCAAGCUACGAAACCAACUGAUCACACUACUAAAGGAGUUCAGGGAUGUUUUCGCCUUCACCCCUGAGGAGUUGACAGGGAUCGACCCCGCUAUUAUGGAACAUAAACUCAACGUCGACCCCCUCAGAAAGCCAGUAAAACAGCGACUUAGAUGUCAUGGUGAAGAAAUCGACAAAGCAAUUGAAGUCGAGGUGGACAAGUUGCUGCGGGCAGGGCAUGUCAAAGAAAUCCAAUUUCCCGAGUGGAUAUCCAACACCGUGAUGGUGAGAAAGGCACUAAACAAAUGGCGCAUGUGCAUCGAUUUCCGUGACUUAAACUUGGCUUGCCCAAAAGAUCAUUAUCCCUUACCACGGAUCGAUCAGCUCGUCGACUCUAUGACUGGUUGCGAAUUAUUGAGUAUGAUGGAUGCAUCUCAGGGAUACCACCAGAUCCCGUUAUGCCCGGAGGAUCAAAGUAAGGUGAGCUUCGUGACGAGUAAAGGGACGUACUGCUAUGUCGUCAUGCCUUUUGGACUUAAGAAUGCUGGAGCAACCUACCAACGACUGAUGGAUCGAAUGUUCAAAUCUCAGAUCGGGCGAAAUAUCGAGGUAUAUGUGGACGAUAUCUUGGUGAAGAGUAAAGCCUCGACCUCACACCCAGACGAUUUAAGGGAAACAUUUCAAACUCUUAGGGCGUUCGGGAUGAAGUUGAACCCAAACAAGUGUGCCUUUGGAGUAAAGGCAGGACGAUUCCUGGGAUAUAUCGUCACAGAGCGUGGAAUCGAGGUAAACCGGCAAAAAGUGAAAGCCAUACUCGACAUGGCCCCACCAAGAAGUAUAAGAGAUGUGCAAGUUCUGACGGGACGAAUUGCAGGGCUGAGCAGGUUCAUUGCUCGAGCCGCAGAAAAAAGCUUCCCGUUCUUCAAAUUACUAAAGAAGAAGUCGACCUUCUCAUGGAGUCACGAAGCACAAAUGGCCUUCGAAAAAUUAAAAGAAUUCUUGGGCGAGCUACCCUUGUUGACAAAACCAGAACCCGGCGACGAGUUGGUGCUUUAUAUAUCUGUGGGUUCGGUAUCACUAAGUUCAGUGUUAUUGCGAGAAGAAGGAGGUGUCCAACGGCCAAUUUACUACACCAGUCGAGUUCUUCAAGGUGCAGAGACAAGAUAUUCUGAAAUCGAGAAAGCCGCCUUGACACUGGUGAUAACGGCUAGAAAACUAAGACCAUAUUUUCUGAAUCAUGUGGUAGUGGUCAGGACGAACUUCCAGCUUGGUGAAACAUUGGGCCGACCUACGGUAUCAGGUCGACUCGUUAAGUGGGCAGUUGAGCUGAGCGAAUAUUCUAUCAAAUACGAGCCGAGGCGAGUCAUAAAAGCUCAAGCCCUGGCGGAUUUCAUCCAAGAAGGUACCAAGGGAGACGAAAAGAAGUGGGUCAUUCACGUCGACGGAUCCUCAGCGGCCAAAGGAUCAGGUCUGGGAAUU